GUUUGGGCUUUUUUUUUUUUUUUCUUCCUCCCUCUUUUCCUACAAGUGUCUCCGCAUAUGUGCUCACCUCAUAAACAAAACUACAAAAGGCAGGAGAGGAAAGAGGGAGAGACAAAGCCAACAGGUUGAUCUGGAUUACAUCAACAGACACACCCUCCUGACUUUAUGAACAUAGGAGAACAGGUGUUUGCAAUUCAUUAGCUAAACUGAGCUCAGCAGAGGCAGGAAUUAAUCUACGCUGCUGUUCCCCAACCUGCUACUUCUCUCUCUCGGUAGCUGACCUAGUGCUUCUUUGCUUUCCCUCAUCGUAAGGAUGACAAGUCAUUCUGGGAACUUCAGUACCAGCUCCCUUACUUCUCCCAAAGCCUCUUAUAGCUGGAGAAGAGAGUGUUCUCCUUCGCAUUCUCCUCAUUCUCUAAGGGAUGGGGCCUGCAGCAGUCCUACCAUGGGAGAAGCCAGCAAGAAAAGCUUCAGUUCCUCCAGCCUCACAGGACAUGGCUACUAUCAUACAUAUCCAAGAGUGUCUUUCAACGAAGAUCUCUUGACGCCACUCCACCUGGAUGUUGACCCAGCUCUCCAGGAGAUAAAGACCAAGGAGAAAGAUGAUAUCAAAAUGCUCAAUAACCAAUUUGCUGCCUUAAUUGGGAAGGUCCAAAGUCUGGAACAGCACAACCAAGUUCUGAUCACAAGAUGGAACUUUUUGAAAGAACAAGACAAUUCCCUUUCUGAUUUGGACAUCAAACUUCUCUAUGACCGGUACAUGAACAAACUGAAUCUCGAAAUGCGAUCUAUUGAUGCGGAAAAAGAACAGCUGGACUCAGAAAUUGAUGAAGUGCUAGUUUCUAUGGAUUCCUUCCGAAACAAAUACGAAGAAGAAAUAAACAAACGCAGUGGGAUGGAAUUCACCUUCACAACACUCAAAAAGGACCUGGACAAUGGCUUUCUCCACAAGACAGAAUUGGAAACAAAACUAAGUGGACUUCAUGCUUGGGUGGAGUUAAUGAGUACCAUCCAUGAGCAGGAGCUUGAGGAAGUGAUGUCCCAGGUUAAAGAUGUUUCAGUCGUGCUGGGGAUUGACAACAACAGAUACAUUCCUGAUCCCCAACAGAUUGUGGAGGAUGUGAGAGCUCAGUAUGAAGAUUUGGCUAUGAAAAGCUGGGAAGAGUUGGAGGCACUCACCAGGCUCAAGCUGAACGAAAGGGAAGUGUUAUGUGCUAAGUAUGGGGACCAUCUCCUUAAUGACCGGAGGGCGAUUGCUGAGUUAAAUAUACAGAUUCAAAAAUUGAGGUCUUGCAUUGUCUCUCUGAAAAGCCAGUGUCUACAUUUAGAGGAUAACAUCAAAGAUGUUGGACUACAAGGAGAAACAGCCCUCAACGAUGCCAAAGCAAAACUGGCAAAAUUGGAAGAUGCCCUUUAUAAUGCCAGACAAGACUUAGCUCAGUUGGUUAAGGAGUAUCAAGAGCUGAUGAAUACCAAGCUGGCUUUGGACAUUGAGAUUCUCACUUACAGGAAAUUAGUAGAAGGAGAAGAAAUAAGCAUGGAGUCUCCAUCACCUGCAUUCAUUAGCAAAAUCUACUCCAGACCAAAGUACUUUUUACCUGACUCUGGCAGCACAAAUGUCCCAGCCACAUCUGGAGCAAAAGAUUUGACAAAUAAAAUGAUCCAUAGUGGAAGCAGUUUGGUAACUGGACUUUCUAGAAGUCACAAUGAAGAUGGAGCCCUGACUGAGACUCUGUUUGCCAGAGCCCACAGUGAGACGCGUGACAAUAUCCAAGAGGGCUCUGAUGUUGGAAGUCCAGAUUAUAGAAGUGCAGAAUUUUUGUCCUCCAAAUUUUCCAGAACUCAAAGUGGGGAAAGCAGUAAUUCCUCUGGACGUAGAUACCAUAGUAGAAAAGAAAGCGUACCAGUUGGUUACCAGUCUCAAAGCCAAGGCAGCAGAGAGUUUACAAAGAAUGCUUUUGCUAGAAGUCACAGUGGUGGUAUCUCCGAAGACAGCCUUUUGAGAAGUUAUAGCGGGACUAGUGAGUCCUAUAUAGAAGGCUGGCUUUCUAGAAGCCAGAGUAAUGAAAAUGAAUGCAGAAAUGAAAAUGAAGGAUAUGCUGAACCUGUUUCCACAACCACAAAUGCUGAAGAUGAUGGGGUCCUUGAAGGUGGUGUUUCUGGAACUCACGAUGAAAUAAACAGGGACAUCUCACAGGUCAGCCUAUCUAGAAGCCAGAAUGAUGAACCUGAAUCUAGAGGCAGCCAUGAAGAAUUUGCUGAACCUAUACUUUCUAGGACAAGGAGCACGGAAGAUGGUGGCGUCCCUGUAGGUGGCAUUCCUGAAAGCAACAGCAAGGCCAGCAGAAAUAAUUCAUUGGAUGACUUUUCUAAAAUACAAAGAGACCAAAGUCAAGACUCUACAGAUACUACCUUUAGUCAAGGCCACACUAAAGGUAUACAGGAGAGCAACCUUCAUAAUUACCCCAGUAAUACCGGUAGUAAUACAGCCUAUGUAGAGGGUAGUGUUUCUGGAUGCCUUAGUGGUGAGAAAAAAACUGUCUCAAAGGAUGGUGGCUUUAGAACCCCAAGUAUAAGAAGUACAACUUUAAGUGACAGUGUGUUUAUCAGAAGUCCUACCAGUGGAGAUGAAGGUCUGUGUGAGGAGACAGAUUUAAAAAUUCAUAGUCGUGCAAGAGAAAGUGCUUUGGAAAGUAAUAUUUCAGGAGAUCCUAGUCCCAGAAGUGAAGAACUCUCACUGCCUGAACUUUCUAGACUCCACACAAUAGAGAAUAGAGGCAUCCCAGGUACCAAUCCUGGCCUUUUUGUAUAUGGGAGAAAAAGCAAAUCGGAGAGUGGUUUUUCUAAAAACUACACCAACAGAAAAGAAGGCUUAACUCAAAGUGUUUUUGCCAGACCUCACAGUGUUCCAGAUAAAGCUGACUACUCCAGCAGUGUGACUGAUGGAAGUCAAGGUUUCGUCAAAGCUGUGGUUUCUAGACUCAACAGAGGCAUUGUGGAAGGUGGUUCCUCCAGAGGCCAAAGCAGCAGAAGAGGAGGAUUUGUAGAUUUUGAUCUUAUGAAAGACCAGACUAAAGAAAUCAAAGAAAGUCAUGGGGAGAAAAGAUAUCCAGAUUAUGAUGUCAGAAGUGCAAAUGAGACAAAGGAAGGUGUCUUACCGUCUGGUUGUUCCAGAAUUGAAUAUGAACAAGCAGGCAGAUUCUCUAGAAAUCUCAAUGAUAGUAUAAGUCCUGUAGAGACCUCCACUCCUAUUCAGGUUCACAGAAAGAAGGAAGAUGCUGCCGAACACAGCUUUUCUAGAAGUCACAGUGGAGAAAGUGGGAGUUUUAAAGCAGCUGAUUUAUUAUCAAGAAGCUCCAAUGAAGAAAGCAGAGAUAUCCAAGAGGCCAAUAUUUCUAUUCGUUGUGACAAAGAAAAUGAAAAAUGUACAGAGGGCAUGAUUUCCAGAAACUACAGUUAUAAAUGUGCAGUUACAUCACACCCUAGAACCGAAAGCGACAAGGCUGAAGAUGUUCUAGAAAGCGGCCUAAAUGAAAGCCACAGUUCUGAAAGUGGAAGACUUUCCCCAUCUGGAACUUAUAUAGGCCAAAGUGGUGAAAGAGAAAAUCAAUAUGACAUUUCUAGAAGCUACAGCAACACAGAUGAAGUUGCAAUGAAUAAUCCGUGAAUAAGCCAUGACAACAGAAAUGAGUGAAAGGCCAGCAUCCUCAGAUCCCAUUACCUUGGCCUAUGAGGUUUGCUCUGAUGUGUAUCACUACUUUUCUUCUGGUGAAAUGUUAUUAUAUUACAACCAUUCACAAAGUAAGUGUCUCACAAACACAUGAAUAGGACUCAGAUACCACAUUCUAGAAGUUCAAGUUCAUCUAAAGACUGAUGGAUUGUGGAUGGGAAUCCAUUAAAAAGGUUUCUGUUAUCAACAUAACAAUAAGACACAGAAUUCUGCAGGCUUGAAGAUGCUGACCCAAUCUUCUUUGGCUAUUAUAAUUUGUGAGUCAUGUUCAGAACAUUUUUUAAUGCUAUACUUUAUGGUGAGGGGGACUAAUAUUGCAGUUAUACUACAGACAUUAACUGCUACAAAACAUAAGCCAGCAGUAUAUAGUUUUUAACCAGUAUUAUUUACUUUUUCUGUUAUUUACAUAUAUUAUACCAAAGUUUAAAUAUGCAUUAAAGCAAAUAGCAUGAGGCUUUGCAAGGAAGCUUAUUCGAUGGAAGCUAGUUAGUCUACUUCACUGCUGAUCUUUGGGCUGAUUUCAAGAAUCUUCUUUUGAGUUGAUCCAUUGAAUUCUUAAAGGCAAAAAUUAUGUUUUUCAUUUGCUUAGAAGGCUUUUGCCAACCUUAAUGGACACCAGCAUGCUUAGUGAAAACUCACUAGCCAGUUCCUGAAGGCGCUGUUUUUAGCUGAGUCUGUUAUUAAUCUGUUUUGUCUUGUAUGCCUCAGCAUUCCCUUAGAUGGUUUCAUUUCUAUUAUUUGCACACUUAUGCAGAUGAAUAAGCACAAUCCAGAGACUUCGUACAUUGCCCGACCAUUGUAGAAUCCAAUGCAUCCUUUCAUCUUUGAUUGUAAUCUCUGAGCACAGUCUCAAAUUUAAAUCUUCACUCAAGCCUUUGAACUGCUGAUAGCAAUUCAGCUGCAGAUAAUUGAAAAGAAAUCUCAUGCUUGUUUUUCAGUGACGGUAAACGUGUGGCUAGGAAUGGGAAGGAAUAUUAAUAACAAUCAUUUAACUCUUAUAGUUUUGUAUAGCAAUUUGCAUGCAGAAUAGGGAGGAGAGGGAAAAUGUGGAAAGUAUAGUUGAGAACAAGCUAGUGACAUUUUGCCCAAAUUCAGCUCAUAUUGUCUAUCAAAACAUAACCACAUUAUGUUUAUGCUAGCAUGUUGUAAUUCUGGGGACAUGGCAACAGGUGGGUGAAUAUUUUUUGUAUAUUUAUAUAAACCUAGAUAGUGACAUAUGCCUUUUCUUGUAUUUUCAAACUACAACCGGAAUUAUAAAACUGAAAUUGGGUACUGAUAAUCAAGGAUUAGGAAUCUGAUGAUCAGAGCUAAAAAAAAAAAAAGGAUAGGAAAUUACAAGUACAGUUUAAGGGCCUGAGUCUCAGGUUUGUUCUAGGACUGAAUUUGAUAAGUAUGAAAAUGCACUAUUUCCAAACCAGAGUUAUUUAUACUUAAUUACAAAACCCAGUUAUUUAUAUUUAAUUCCAGAUGUUGUAUUAAUGUUAUUUGUCUCCCUGUUCUCCAUCAAUUAAUCAUCCAUUCAUUAUUUCUGACAUGAACAGGAAUUCUCACAGUUUAAAGUGUUCUUUUAUCAACUGAAUCUAAAAAUGAUUAGUAAAGCAAAAUCACACUUUGAUCAAAGAAAAAGCGUGAUUUCUGGGAUAUAUUCCUUCAGCAGAUAGGGGUAAAUUUCUUGGAAAUUUAUCAAAAGCCACUAAUUAUAUUUCUAAAUUUUGACAUAACGCAAGUUAUAUCACGUGUAAUCAUUCCUUCAUCAAAGGCUCUACAUUCAGUUUGAUGAUUAUGCAGAUGAAAGUGUAUCACCUUUUGGCUAUUUCAGAAAAAUCAUUAAGAGCAAAGUACAAUCUUUAAAAAUGAAAAUGCAAACCACACAUGUGAUUCCACCAGCAAAUGGGGCUGUGUCCCUAUGCAGUACAGACAGUUAGAUUAAAGAUGCCUAAAGAUAACUGGGGCUUGGAAUAAAUGUAACAAAGCCAAUAGAUAGGCAAACAUGAUCAAAACUAGUGCUAGAAUCCACAAAAAGGAGAAAGUUUCAAUUGCUGAAUAAAAUUGCUGAAUAAUUGGCUUCUUUUGCUCUAGGCCCUUUGACUACUUCUGAGUUUUUUGCUACCAUAAAUUAGCAGAAUUCUCUUCCUACAAUCCUACAAAGCUCUAACUGAUAUCUUAGUUUAGGUGUCUUGUCUUGUCUUGUGUGCCAUGGAAGGGAAUGCAAUUCCCAGUAUUAGGCGUGGGUAACAGAAACCCGGAACUUUAUAACAUGAGCACAGAUGUCAUAGAUGAAGCUAGAUCAAAUGAUGGGAACUAAUAACAAGCAACUGCAAUUUUAUGCAUACAUAUAUAGGACUGAUUGAUUGGUUGUUUACGUUCCAUCAAGUAGUUUUUGACUCCUAGGGAUCAAAUGAAUUCACUGUAACUUCUCCCUGAGCAAACAUGCAGUACAGAAACAAGCUGAAGAAAGGGAAGAAUGCUUCCGACACAAAUAUGAUGAAGGAAAGACACUUUCUGCAAUUUACCUUCCAACUUUAUGCAACUUGAAGUCAGGAAACUGCACCGAGGAAGCAGACAGCCAUGUGAAAAAUUAGGAAAGAAAAAGGCCAAAAAAGUUGGGUGAUUGUCCUAACAAUGGUUAUUUCACAUGCCGUAAUCUUAAUAAAGAAAACAGUAAGCAGGAUGUUUAAAAUUGCCUUUAUCAUAAGGAUCCAUAGUGUUGUGUUCACCCGUUUCUAAAGCAAAGGUUUUAACACCUAUGCGUACACUGUAAUUGAAAAUCAGAUAUUGUGCUAAUAAGGAAGUAGUAAAUGAAAAAUCAGAAAUUAUUGUCUGGGUAUAUUUUUGGUAUUUGGCGAGAUAAUAUAUUUGCAGCAAUUAUUUUGGUCUUGCUGAAAUAUAAUGCUUUCCGCCUGUUAUAGCUAGCAUUUCUAUGCACUGGGAUCAGAUAUUCAUGCUACUGUACUGUUAUUUAAAUACUAGAGAUGCAUAGGUGACUGAUUUUAUUAAAAUAAAAUGUUAAAUAGGUCUUCAUCCGCAUAACAAUCCACAUAACAAUCAAGGGCACCUCUAAACAAUGAGCUUUUAUGUUAACAAACCCUUCCAGUUGUGGUUUAAAGAAUAUCUGAUAUUUCUGGGCCAUUCUCACUAUUGCAAAAAUAUGGUUAUUAUGAGGAUGGAGCCUAUUCAGGGCUCCAUUCGCUGAGUUUUAUCAGUCUUCCACAUAUUUCUCCUCUCCCCAUUUUCAUCAAAAAUACAGGUAAUCCUCCACCUACAACAAUUCAUUUAGUGACCAAAGUUACAACGGCACUGAAAAUAGUGAGUUUUUUUCACACUUACGACUGUUGCAGCAUCCCCAUGGCCACAUAACCAGAAUUCAGAUGCUUGCAACUGAUUCACAUUUAUGACGGUUGCAGUGUCCCGAGGUCAGGUUAUCACCUUUUGUGACCUUCUGAUAAGCAAAGACAAUGAGGAAGCCAGAUUCACUUAACAACCGUGUUACUAACUUAACAACUACAGUGAUUGACUUAAGAACCAUAGCAAGAAAGGUUAUAAAAUGGGACAAAACUCACUUAACAACUAUCUCGCUUAGCAACAGAAAUUUGGGGGUCAAUUGUGCUUGUACGUUGAGGACUAUUUGUUGGCCUUCAGCAUGGGGCUCUUUUACAAGCUAGUGUAUUAUGCAGGGAGGUGAACAAGCUGGACACUACCACUGAGAGUAUGGAGGCCCUCUCCCCUUGGUAGGAAGUAUCUCAAGUAUUAAGUAUUAAGUAUUAAGAUUUUCACUGCCUUUGUGUUGCUGUUCCUAAGUGACAAAAGAAACAAGAACUGAGUCAUUUGUAAGACAUUAUCUGCAUUGUUACUUACAUUGUCAUCUGAUCUAUGGGGGUGGCUCCUCUGUAAUUAUCAGAUGGGAACUCAAAAGUCUUCACAAUAACCGGAUACUAAAUUUGAGUAAGACCAAGCUCUCUGUUUCUGUACCCGUAGUGUUCAUUUUGCUCACUUUCUGUGGCUCAAAUAUCCAUUCAGUGAGAAUCGACUCAUUUGAUGGCAUUGAAUAAUGCAAUAUCCUUGUUGUGUAUGUGUAUGUGUAUGUUAUUGUAUUAAAAUGCGGGUGUUCUAAAUAAAGUCCUAAGCUAUUUAAAAAGGAAAUGGUGAAAAAAUAACCAAAA